AUGCACUUCGCCCUCUUUUCUGUCAAGAUGAAAUUUUCAAUCUUCGCCUUGCUGCAAGUAGUAGGGGCCGUCUCACAAGACAGUCGCUCUCGUUCUCCUCCCGGAGCUUCCAUCUUUCCAACUCCGACAGCCUCUACAAGUAUCAACGGCCCCAAUGGCACUACCACCGCCCCGAAUCCAACAUAUUUCUCUUCCCCCAUGGUGGUCAGUUGGGACAAUCUUUGGGAUCUCUUCGUUGGUCCAGUUUUGAUGGCGUCAAUGAACACAACCAUGGCAGCGACUCCCAUUCCAACGAACGAGCUCAUUCCGCCUCCGGGUCUUUAUAUUCCCUCAUUUCCUACUGGCCAGCAGAGCGCAAUGACAUCCAAGAACAGGAGUUGGAGUUUCCCCAAGGGUUUUUGGUGGGGUGUUGCCAGUGCUGCUUACCAGGUUGAGGGAGCCGUGAAAGCGGAAGGCAGGGGACCAUCGAUAUGGGAUGUGCUCCUACAUCGGGUUCCAGGCUACUCGCUAGCAAACCAGACUGGCGACAUUGCUGAUAAUCACUAUUAUAUGUACAAGCAAGACAUUGCUCGUAUCGCGGCUCUUGGAGUGAAAACAUACUCUUUUUCGAUCAGUUGGUCGCGCAUAUUCCCCUUUGGAAAUGGCCAAGUCAACAUUCAAGCUCUUCAACACUAUGACGAUGUUAUCAACACUUGCAUAGAAUAUGGAGUUGAGCCUGCUGUGACUCUCUUCCACUGGGACGUCCCUCUCAAUCUUCAAAAUCUCUACGGUGGAUUUCUUUCGGACCAAAUUGUCAAUGAUUUCGUCAACUAUGCCCAGGUAGUCUUCUCAUACUACGGCAACAAAGUUCCGCAUUGGUUCACCAUCAAUGAGCCAACUGCCUUUUGCAAUUACUAUCCUCUCCCCGACAAUUACUUCACCAAUACAUCAAUUCCCAAAUACCAACAGCCAUAUUGGUGUGGCCACCAUGUACUACAAGCUCAUAGCAAGGCUUAUCACUUAGGGCGUUCUCUAGGACUCAACGGAACGAUAACAUUCAAAAGCAACGGCGGGUAUAAGAUUCCCCUCACCAACUCCAGUGCAGACGCAGUGGCAGUUCAGAGAGCGUGGGACUUUAACGAAGGAUGGUUCGCCAACCCAACGUUUAUCAAUGGCGAUUAUCCAAAAUAUUUGAAAGAGUUUGUAUCAGACUUCCUCCCGGAGUUCACUGAUGCCGAGAAGAAAAUGCUCAAUGGAAGUGUUGAUCUUUUCGCCCAUGAUGCUUAUACUUCUCAGUUUUACUUUGCUCCCGACGCAGGAAUAGACUCAUGUGUACAGAACAAGUCUAACCCACUUUACCCUUCCUGCGCCAACACAACCUACACCUACCCUUCUACGGACGGCGGCUGGAACAUCGGCCCCGCUGCAGACCCAAGAUCGCCGUGGUUACAUAAGGCAACAGACUGGGUUCCCGCAUUCCUGCGCUACAUUACAGACACCUGGAAACCCGCUGGGGGUAUUGCCAUCACAGAAUUCGGCAUCUCAGAGCCCUUCGAGACCUUGAAACCCCUCAAAGAAGAUAUCAAGUUCGAUACCAUAAGGAGAUUGUACUACAAGGAUUACAUGGAAGCGAUCUUGAUUGCCAUUAAUGACGGUGUGGACGUGGUUGGAUGUUUAGCAUGGAGUAUUCUGGAUAAUUUAGAGUGGGCUAGUGGCUACGAAGUUACAUUUGGCUUACAAUAUGUCAACUUCACUACUCAGGAAAGAGCUUAUAAAGCUAGUUUCUUUGAGUAUGUUAAUGCGUUUAUAACUUACGGCGAAGAUGAGGUAGUUCCGCAUUAUGUACCUAGCUAG